AUGGAGUACGAGCCUGUGCCAAAGCGGCGGCGUACAGCCUCGCCGCCGCUUCUUCAAGCAUCAGAUAACCACCUACAGCUUCAGAUACUGCCGCCAGACGCAAAGCCACAUGUAGGCGAAGACGACAAAGCAUAUCAGCAGUACUUGGAGCGAGCCUUUGCCGACCCCCGCUUCCGUACAACGCUCGCUCAGAUAUUCGACAAAUACGACGGAAAAGCCGCUCAGUCAGAUGAAGUUAUUGACCCAUCGCUUUGCGUGAUACCUACUGGAGGCGGCAAUCUAGUUGACCCGGCGAUCGAUGCGCAGCUUGAAAGUUUGGUGCACACCGACAACCUGCCAUACCACCUGGAUAUGGGGCAAUGCGAGCCCCAUAACAACUCUACUGACACGGUCGAUUACCAUCCUGACCGAUUGAACGAUAAUCUUGGCGUCAAUGUUCCCGCCCCUGCUAGCUUUAUGCCUGGAUUUCCUGGCGGCGUGCACCCAGCCUUUAUGCAGAGCUGGUAUGGCAACGCCUUCCAAGGCCCGGGAUCUAGUCCAUCGCCAUGGGACGGCUUCUCCGGCCAGAUUCCGAUGCCCAAUGGCGCUGCGAUGGCAGGUGGCCCUUGGAUGGCAACCGACAACUUUGCCUACAACUCAGCGCCUUGGCCCCCCCAGGCAAUGCUGCAAAUAGAUCCCGCAUUAGAGAUGGCGCCUCCAAGACAAGAGAACCCUUCAAAUGAAGCACAAAUCGGAGGAGCAAUACGAAAGUUCGCGCAAGAGGACGAGAGCACCGACAAUUGCCAGCCAGAGAUGGAACUGUAUUUUGAUGCUUUGGGCCGCAAACGACGGCGGCGGCCUCCGCAGCCUCGGUUUUCGAAGAACGGAAAGCGAUUAGGUCGACCGCCUAAAUCAGCCGAGACACUUGGGGUUUCUGCAGAUAUCGGCGCUUAUGACGGCGAAGGCGAAGGCGAGGACGAAGAUACGGGACCACUGGUUGACCUGAAACCUGAUAGUGAAUUCUGCGAUGAUGACGACGAUACACUCUGGAACGAGCUAGCAGAAGCAUUACAGCAAGCGUCGAAUGCAACACAAAAGAAAAGAAGAGGCCGCAAUGGCACUAAAACGGCACAGAAAGGAGAAACCUCAGCAACUGAGUCGGAUGGAGCGGGCGAGAUGGAGAAAGACGCUGGCCAAGCCGAGACCAUGCUACGAAAGAUACAACAGGAGCUCAUCGACAGGGCUGUUCGUCGCUCGACCAUGGCCAAAGAACACGGCGAGGACACGGACGCCACUGCCGAAGGCCGUAGGCGAUCGGGGCGUGAUCGAAAACCGGCCAAUUUCGGCAAGCAAGUAUCCUGGGAAAAGGUCUCCGCGGAGCGACGCACAAGUUAUAAAAUCAAGAUGCAUUUGCGAGCAUUGUCGGUGCAAGCGCGACGAGAAAGGAAAAAGAAGGAAAAGGAGGAGGCCGAAGCUGCAGCGAAGGAGAGGGAAGAGGCCGAAAAGGCCGAAAAGGUAAGAAAAGAGAAGCAAGAAGCAGAAGAAGAGGCCGCCGCCGCUGCUGCAAAAGCUGCCGCGGAUGAAGCGGGCGAGGCAAUGCCAUCUACGAUACCUGAUUCUCAGGACUCAGUCACAAGCCUACCAAUUCGAACUACGCCGAAAAAGCCACAGUCAAAUCAGAUUAUGCGCCAAACUAUGAAAAAUCAUGUCAACAGCGUGGUACACUUUGAAGAGGAUGACGAAGGACUGCCAGACGAUGGAGCACCUGCAGCCUUCCCUAUCAAGAACUCGGUGUUGGCUUUUAAGAAGCCGGAAGUUCAGGUGCAUAACUUUCUGGGAGAAAACUACAUGGACACAGUCUAUGCUCUUUCUGAUGACGAAAGCCCAGCGCUACUUGCGUCCCUGAAGCGGUCUUUGCUAGGCGAGAAGAAGAAGCCAUCGCUAGUUCGAGUACCCGUGGCUCGGGCCAGGGAAACUGCCAACGCGACCAAACAAUUUUGCUCAAAGGUGGCUAAGCAGACCGUUACCGCCGAGCUCACGGAGCGCCAGGUGACUCCAAUCACUCAUAGCGACACGGACACAGCAGAAGCUAUGCAAGCACCGUCCUGCAACCCGACCGAGCCGGAUGAAGCAACAGCACCGCUCAUUCCCACUGGGGGGGAUUGUGAUGAUAGCGGAAUUGAUAUCCGAAGCGAACAAGCGUCAAGCGAGCAAGCAGAACGACCGGUGGCAAGGACUGCCGUACCUGCAGAGCUACCUCUCCAAGACCGCAAUCUACUUGGGGCUGCAGAUAUCCUAGACAGCCUUGACGUGAUGUCGGAGACUGAAGAUACUACUUCUAGCCCCACCAACGAUUAUUAUUUGGCAGAUGAGGACAUGCACUUAAGCGACCUGGUCUCCCCAUCCGCUAACACGGAUGAAUUGAAGACGGCCGACGAGCCACUGUUCGUUGACGAAGAGCAUACGCCUAUGUAUGGGAGUAUGGAAAUCUUUAAGGAUGUCGCUGCAGACAUCCCGCUUGAGAGUGAAGAGGCGGACAUGGAUCAUAACCAGGCAGUGGAGCCAACAACAAAUGUGUUUGUACAAAGCACCGUCAAGGACAGACUCUAUGGAAAGGGACCCGAGCAAGAGCCGCUCAUGACGAACCAUGAGUUCACCAAUACAGUAUCUGUCAGACCAACGCCGGACGCGUUUGGAAUUGAAGCGGAGGAAGAUCGUUGGCCAAUCCCCUCAAAUGGCAUGCCCAUAUUGCCGCCGUCACGACACCCAUUACCACAGCAAAGCAAUCCCAAACGGCCUGAGAAUAGGAAGUCAAUAUCUUCUUUAAACUCGAGAACCUCUUUGCCAAAAGCAACAUCUAAGGAACCAUCGCCCAGCAACACCAGAGAAGGAUCGAGACGGCUAUCUUCGAGCUCAUCACGAACACCAGCUCUAGACAGUAGAGAUAACCAUGUUAGGAAAAGCUCGUCAUCUUCACGACGUUCUCUCUUAUCCCUUAUCGGCGGAGGAGAAGACGAUGUAGAAACCUUCAUCAAGAGGAAGCCUUCUACACCGGCGGCGCCCAAGUCCACUCACGCGGUCGCGUCGGCGUCAUCUUCCUCCUUGUCGAGGAAGACAAGCGCAUCUUCCCGCAAUGGCUCCUCCCGCCGCAAAUCGCAGCCACCCUCCUCCUUGACACGCUUGAGUCUGGGUUCCAUGUCAUCGCGAGACAAGCCACGGUCCAGCAAAGAUCGCCAGGAAGCAAAAGAACGCAAAAGAAAGUCUACAGGCACAGCUUCUAGCACAACCGCCCCGGCGGAACAGCAAGGCACUUGCGGCGUUGACGGGUAUACUUCUUGGACAGCCAUACGGCCCAUGAUCAACUACUGUUUUUUGUAUGGGUUUCACUACGGAAAGCCGGCGCGUUUUGGAUUGCAUACAUUUUAA